AUGUCAUAUUUUAGUAUUCAAAGAGUUUCAAAUGAAAUUAAUAUUAGCAAUUCCAAUUCAAAUAAACGUGAAUAUUUUGGUUUACGUAUUCUAACAAGUGUAUUAGAAUUGGAAUCGCCACAAUUGUUACGAGCUGUUGCUUAUAAACUUGUCGAACUUCGUCUAUUCAAUGUUGAUUUAGAUGUCAUUGAACCAACCGGUGAAGAAUGCUAUGAUUUCCAUAAAAAUACAGCUAUUGGUGGAAUGAUAAGUCAUGAUUUUACAACUGGCUAUGAAUCAGAAGAAUAUCUAAUUCGAAAAGCUGUCAAAGGUACAUAUAUAGUUUGUGUAAAAUAUUUUACUAAUCAUCAACUAAGUUUAACUGGCGCAACGACAAUAAUGGUACAUAUCUAUAAGUAUUAUGGUCAAUCGAAUCAAUAA